AUGACAACAAUUGAUGUUCCUCCUUCUUAUCCUACUUUUGGAGCAAUUCAUGCAAAGCCAGUUAAUUCAACAUCAGUCUCUUCCAACAAUAUUUCUACUAUUCCUACUACUACAAUGCCUCAAUGGUUUUUUCCAUUUCCUAUUUCUUAUCCUGGUAUCAAUGCUUGUUCUCCAUUUGAAAAAUCAACACCUAAUCUUUCUGAAUUAUACUCUAAAUGUCUAACUAUUGGUGAAUUUUUAUCAGAAUUAGAUAAUAUACAUAAUGGUAAUGGAAUUUACAAAUCAUUAGAAAAUUCAUUUGUAAAAGAAGAUAUAACUGUUAAUGUUAUUAAAGAUUUAACAGAUGAAGAAUUAAUUUCUAUUGGA